AUGAAUAAGAUAAGUGCAGAAUCCGGGUUUCAAUUGUUGUAUAGAUUUAACGAAAAACCCUCUUUGUCGGAUUUGGAUAAUAUUCUCUUUCCUAAUGGUCUUAAAGGUGGAGAUAUUGUUCAAUUAACGGGUGAAUCUGCUAUAGGAAAGUCUACAUUGCUCUUAAAAUAUUUAACUAAAUCACUUUUACCAAAGUAUUAUAAUGGCGUAUUUCUUGGGGGUCUUAACGUCGGGGUUAUUUUAAUUGAUACCAGUCAUGGAAUUUCUAUUUUAAAACUAGUAUGUUUAAUGGAAAAAUUUAUUUCUCAAACUUGCGAAUGCCUAACUAAAUCAGAGUCAAUUGAAAUUUUGAGUAAUCCAGAUAAUGUUAAAGAUAUUGUUAAUAAUUCAUUAAAGAAUUUAAUCAUAUUAAAAACUUAUACAAGUUUACAAUUAGAAAUGAAUUAUUAUUCUAUAGAAAAAAUUCUUGCAACCGAUUCCAAAUCAUCAAUGAUUAUAAUCGAUAAAUUAUCUGCUGCCAUUAAAAGCACUUGUCCUUCAGUUGAUGUCGCAUCUAAAAAUGGAAGCCCUGGUUCAUUCGAAGUAUCCAUCAAUGGAGAAUUAGUUUAUUCAAAAUUAAGAACAAUGGCAUUUCCAGAUUUCGAUAGUGUACUCGAAGUGGUUAAGGAAGUCGAGUCAGGAGAAUUUCCUAGAAAAAUAGAAAAGCAACAGCCUAUAACAAAUUUCAUGAGGUACUCAUCGAAAUUUUUCAUAAAAAUUCUCCUGAUGUGUUUGGUUAUUAUUCUCAUAUGUUUAUCAUACAACAUUUAUUUAACUGCUGAGAAUUCGUUCAAUAAAUCUUCGACACUUUUAAAAAAGACUAAGAGCGUUAAAAUUGAAAAAAUCGACAUGGGUCAAGUGAAAUUAUUUAACAAUGCCGAAAAUAGUUUUGAAGAUAUGUAUAAUUUUAAAGUUGAUUUAAAAUUUUUGAGAAAGAAAAAAUCAAAUAAUAAUAAUUUAAAAAAACAAUAUUCGAAACACGAAAUUGAAAUUUGGGGAAAAGCAUCGAUAGGAGAUUAUUUAUGGAAUCACAUAUUGGAUGGAAAUUCGACGACGUACGCAAACGGAUUAAUUAAACAUGGAGAAAUAAAAAUACAAAAUUUACUUUUUCGAUUUCGAUCAGGUCCGGGAAUCGUUCAGACGACCGUACCUACAAGCGUGAAAAAUUUAAUAUUGGUUUUAAAUGGUAAAGACGACGUGAAAAUAAAAUUUUCUAAAAAUUGGCUCGAUUAUUUGAUACAUUUUAAAAAUUUAAAAAAUGUCGGAGUCGUUCUGUUGGGUGAUGAAAAAUGCGACAAUAAUUGGAUAUUGCAAUAUCUCAAAACACGUGGCGGACUCGUUGAUUUUGUUUUUUUAAUUUACGAUUGCAAAUUAAUCGACAAUCGUGAAUUUUAUCAAUGGCCUCUCGGCGUUGCCACCUACAGGGGUUUUCCACUAUUAAAAUUAAAUCACGUCAACGUCGACGUUGCCCGACAACACCUCUGCAGUUUUAUGGGUACCGUGUAUAAAAAUUCUACCCGUGUCCUGCUGACUCAAAUAUUAAAAAAAUCAAAUAAAUGUUUCGUCGCAUCGAGAGAUAAUUGGGUACCCGGCGAAACGUAUGAAAGCAUGAGUAGGUAUUUGAAAAAAUUAUCCGAUUCGGAUUUGACUUUAAAUCCGGUCGGUCAAAAUACCGAAUGCUACAGGAUUUACGAAGCGUUAUCCCUGGGAACAGUACCCAUCGUCGAAAAUGUCGUCACUCCGGGCGAUUGCGACAGCGGGAAAAAUUCUCCACUGAGAUUAUUAAAAGAACAUAAUGCUCCUUUGAUAUUCAUCGAUGAUUGGAACGAUUUAAAUUCCGUAUUAGAAUCCGAAAGAGGAAAAAAAUACUCAAAUGGUACGAUGAUUUUAAAAGGAAAAUGA